AUGACGGGCUGCUGGCAAAGGAGGGCAAAUGUGAAGCCUCUCCCGGCUGUGAAACGGCUCGAAAAGGCAGUCGACCUCUCCUCUUGGGUGCCCAUGCGGCUGACCAACAACCAAACGGACUACCUAUCUCUGGCCCGUCCCAGGACCACUCGGCCUUUCUGGAACCGCAUCCAGACUCAGGGCCCAGAGCUGAGGAUUGGGUGGUAG